AUGACUGAUCCUGAUGCCACUGAUUCUUCUAGUGACGAUGAAGACGAGCUUUUUGGACGGAGGCGGGUUAAGAAGUAUGUGAACGAGGUUAAUAUUCAAACCUCUAUGGUGAUUAAAAAGGUGGGGAGAAACGGCGAGGGUAGGCUGCAAGCUAAACAGAUAGCAAUGAAGGCGGCUGGUGCUCAGGCAGUUCCGGCGGGUGGUGUUAGGAAGUUCCGUGGAGUACGACAACGGCCAUGGGGCAAGUGCUCUCUCAAGUGCAUAAUGUGGAAGUUUAUGUUUUUGGUGAUGAUGGUCCUUACAAGAACGAGACCUGAAGAAGAUUCUAGAGGACCUACAAAUCAGUCGGUGGCCAUUGGAAGUGCAUCUGAUAUGGUACCGCGCUCGACCCGUAGACGCAAGCGUAACGCCACUACAACUACUGAUUCAAAUCAAACCCAGGUUGAUCCACCAAAAAGGCGUGGUCCAAAUCUCAAUCUUAGCGCUACAAAAGACUUUGAGAAUUUGCCUGAGGGUUCCAAAAUUUCUUUAACAAUGGCUGGCGGUACGAAAGGAUUUGUUGGGCGUACAGCUACUCAGUUUGCAAAUGAGUGUGGGAUUGUAAUGCGUAGUGUAUGUCCAAUGAACUUUCAUAAAUGGGAGUCUGUACCUGCUGAUAUAAAAAAUCUGAUGUAUGAAAAGUUACAAGGAAAAUUCAAUUUGUUGCGAACAGAUAGAGUUUUCAUGGGAUAUGUGGAUUCUCGACUACAUUACCAAUGGAAACGUACCAGAGGUGAGUUGAGUGCCCACUGGAAGAAUAAUGGAGGAAAAACCAAUCCUCGGUUGGCUAGAUCAAUGAUGAAAUCCAAUUGUCGGAGUCCGGAAGAUUGGAACCAUUUAUGCGAUUAUUGGGAGUUAGAAUCAACUCGGAGAUACAGUGAUCAAAUGGAAUGUAAUCGUGGAAAACAAGUUGUUACAAGUAGAGGAGGCUCUCGGUCAAUAGCCAAUCACGUAUACCACAUGACAAAUCGCGAGACUCAAACGCCGCCUAGCCCCUUUGAAGUCUAUUACAAGUUGCAUUAUAAUGCUAAAAAAGGAUGGCAAAAUGAGGAGGCAGAAACUGAAUAUGCGAAUAUUAUUCAACAUAAAGAGGAGGCGGUGGCGAAGUUAAUUUCUAAUGGGACAACGAUAACUACUACCAUGGAUCACGAGCUCGAAAAGGAGGCAAUUGAAAGUGUAUGUGCCAAGAAAAAACCAACAAAAUCUGCAUGGAAGGUAGGCGUUGGACCGGUUUUCAGAAAAAAAGAUUUUUGGAUGACAUCGGAAGCUGGAUCGUCUCAACCAUCUUCAAGCGAGACGGAAGCACUUAGAAAUCAAGUGGCUUUACUAGAAGAGAAAUUGAAACAAAGCAAUGAGAACUCGGAAAAAAUGUUGAUGUUCAUGAGCUCAAAGUUUCCGGAUUUUGAGAGUUCAAUAUCCGCACAUGUGAGUGGUGGAGCAAAUGAUUUGGAUGGGCAACUCAAUGUUAAUGAUAGUUUGAUCUAGGAUGUGACUUAGUUUAACUUACUUUGUUGGUGUUUGUUUGAUUACUAUUUUGAAGUUUAGGAUUGAUCUACUAACUAUUUUUACUUAUAUGUUUGACUGUUAACUUUAUUAAAGUUUAGAAUUAACAUGCUAUAAUGUUAUGGAUUAAAUUUGU